UGAACAAAAGAGAGAGCGAGAGAGAUGAUGAGGUAGCAACAUAGCAAGUACAAGAGCGCAAUCUGACAACCCAGCGCGUGGUCUGUAGCCUAAUUUUACCGUUACCGUUUACAAUAGCCUGUAUCAAAAGAAAAAGAGCAUUCGACGAAUUCUGGGUGGAGAUUUUAAUCGUAGCCUACUGAACUUGUCAUAUUUUAUAUUUUUUACUACACGUAGCUUUUUCUGUAAUAUUUGGAAUUGUGAUCAAGAAAAGAAAAAUGUUAAGGAUAAUGUUUCAUGUCACUCAAUAAGAUCAGUAGAAGAAGAUCAAAAGUACAAUCAAGACCAAUCAUCAAAAAGGCCCAAACUACCAGUGACAACAACAUCGUCCGCAUUCCGCCAUGGCUUCCAACACCAUCGCUGCCCCCAGUGGAGCAGAGGGAGAACAGCAGCGGGAGCAGACCAUCACCUUACAGCCAACCAGCGCUGAGCACCAAGAGACAGCCCCUGACUCCAGCCAAUCGGAAUCCAAAGACCACUUGGCAGUAAUCAGCGAGAAGAUGGAGACCAGUAAUGGAAUGUGUGCUGCCGACUCCUCGCCCACAUCUUCCAUUUCGUCCCCCAAGCGACUGCAACACGCCAAACCAACCAACGGCCGGGCGCGGAAAGGAAGCCGCUCUGGGUCCCUGCUGGGUCAUGGGGCAGGGUCUCCCAGGCCUUCCAUCAGCCGUCAGCCCAGCACCGUGCCAGAGGAGGACGACGGCAAGCCCCCUAGAGACUACCUGAUCCUGGCCAUCCUGUCCUGCUUCUGCCCCUUGUGGCCCAUCAACAUUGUGGGUCUCGUCUUCUCUGUUAUGUCGAGGAAAAGCCUACAGCUAGGGAACGUUGACGGGGCGCGGCGUCUGGGCCGGAACGCAAUGGUGCUGUCUAUCGUCUCGCUAGUUGGCGGGGUCAUCAUCAUCAUCGCGGCCAUCGUCUUAAACUGGGGAAGUAUAAUAAAAUCCUGAGGGUCACCAUGGAAACCAGGAGCAAGAUCGCAAGACAGCACACCAACAACCAUCCCAACCAGACUUUUCCCCUUUCCUACAAUCAAAACACUAUCCUACAAAAGCGCCUGCAACCUACAGUAUACCCCCUUGUCCCCUUUUUUGCUGCACGAGCAUGUAUGGCCUGUAAUAUGUUCUCUGAAAUAGAUAGACAAGUCCCUCACCUCUACCUCCUACACCACGGACCCAAACGCUGCCACCAGUGGUGUAGUGCAGGGUAAACGUACGUAAACGCCGUUUACGCACCUUUUUAAUUUUGCUUGAGUGUUUAUCCACCUUUUGCAGAUAAAUGCAUUGAAAGUAUUGGGGGCGUUACUUUAUUGACUGCGAACGGUGAUCAGGAGUUACCCACCUAUUUUUUUUGACCACUCGUCACUGGCUGCCACCAUCACUCAGAAAGUAGAAGGCGUUGUGUAGAACAACACUGAGGUAGGAUAGACAGUGACAACCAGACUGGUUCCUCAAUGAGAGAGACACGUUUAACUCUGGUCAACGAUGCCAUGAUCUCCUGCAAUGGUUGCCUGAGUCUCUCAGACUGUAUUUAAAGUCUCUGCAUGGUUUUCCGGGACCAGGCUGCUCCUCCCAGGAGUGUCUCCAUUGUCGCCGGAAAGGACAUCUGCUUUUCUCUGUAAUGGGAUUAUUUCCUUCCACUGUAUCAUUCAUCUCCAGUCAGUCCACACCACUGUAACACAAACAAGGGAUCCUUUUAACUGUGACGCCAAAACCAUCUCACCCUAUAGGAUCAUGUUAAAGAUGGCAAAGGAAGAGUUAGGGAGGUGACAGGGAUUGUAAUUGAUCUUUGAUCAAUGUGAUAAUGUUGAUGGGGGGGCUUUGUGUUCAUAAUUUGUUCCAGAUCGUUCUUUUCUGUGAAGGGAGGGAGGAGUUAGAGACAGAUUGUACCAUCUGCAGUUUGAUUUAGGGAAAAACCCAGGGUCUCCAUCUAUCUUUGCUUCCUCGUCUUCGUUUAAAAAUCUGGAAUCUGGGGAGAAUGAGCCACUCUGGGUUUGGGAUUGAGGCAGGGCUGGUAACUCACAUGCACUCUGAAACACACUAGCUUACACCCCCCUGCGCACACACACACAAACAAACAAACAAACAUCCAUACACACAGAGUGUAAGAGAAGGCAGAUGUACGCAGCUACAGAGACACGGGCAGGCACACCCAUAUGGCUGAAUGUGAGAGAGCGAGAGAGAGAGAGAGAGAGCGAGACACUUGUUACUGAUGCAGGAUUAAAAAGUCAGAGAAUAUAAAAGACUGGAAAAACACAGACUGAGCAGAGCUGGUUAUAGAAUGUUGCUUACUCUUCAUUUCCCCCUCUUCUGUCCAGUAUCUACCUCCAUAUCAUCUAUCCCUUAUUGGUAACUUAUAACAUUUUACCUUUAUUUUAACAGGGAGUCCUAUUGAGACCAAGGUCUCUUUUGCAAGGGAGCCAUGCAUCUUACUUACACAACAACAAUGUUAUUAAAGUCUGCUUGACAGUAUUUACACAAUUCUAAACAGUCUACCAUCUCUGGUCAGUUUGAAUCAAUUCCUCUCUCUUCAGUAUUGCAAACGUAUUGCCCACUUUACCUCUCACCUCUCUAAGUAUGUAGUCAUUAUCUUUGAUUGUUGCUUCUUUUGUUAAAAUUCUAUGCAAAUGCCUCGCUGGGGUAUUUGGUCAGUUGUUACUCCCUCUCCUCCCUGGUCAGUAUCGGCUCAUAUGUGCUUAGUGUUUGCCCUUGUCUGGUUGUUAUUCACAGAGCAGAAUGACCUCCCCUCCCUCUGGGAGUCAGUCAGUGUGUCACUGUGUGCCAAAGCCUGGAAUGUGAGCCACAUACAGUAGGGGCAAGGCAGUCUUUGGCUUGACUCUGGCUAAGUGCUCUGUCGGUAUGUGUGUCUGUGUGUGUGAGAGAGAGAGAGAGAGAGAGAGAGAGAGAGAGAGGGAGAGAGAGCGAAAGAGUGUGAGAGAAAUGCAGUGUAACACUUACAGUAUCUGUACGGUGUAUGGCUGUGUGUGUGUGUGUGUGUGUGUGUGUGUGUGUGUGUGU